AUAAAAACCAAAUGGUUUCGACAUUCAUCAUCAGUCAGGAAUAGUUGAUCAAGCAAGAUGUUCAAACAAGCUUUUGUUUUGGCUGCUCUAGCAGUGAGCUGUUCAGCAACUGCAUCCAACACCUAUUUAUUAUACACAUUGGAAAACAAGCUUGUCCCGGAAAAAUUGGACCCCAGCGCGCCACUUUCAAGAUACACUAAUUUCAAAAUAACUGACAACACCGUCAUUCUAGUUCAUGGGCACCACGGUGAUGCUAACAAUGACUUCAAUACUUUAAUCAAGAAUGCUAUCCUCGAUCAUCAAACACCACACAACGUUAUCGUGGUUGACUGGAGCAGAGAAGCAAAUCAGGGAUAUGCUUCUGCAAGGCAAUCUGUACCUAUUGUAAGCCUAAUAUUUAAUUAACGUCAAUAUUUGUAACAUUUUAAAGAAUAAUUAAUACUCACCUGAUUAAAUGCUAUGAAAUUA